AUGGGCUUCUACGAUGAGGCGCCGGCGCUGGCUGAGCUUGAGCCGCUGUCGAUCAAGGACAGGGAUGUCGCUGGCGGGGGCGUUGCAUCCUUCAAGGAGAAGUGGUGCCCGCGCAACUGCGCCACAGCGGCCCGGGCCUCCGGCUUGUACGAGGCCGCUGGGAGCCUGUUUUGGGUGCCGGCGGGGGCGCGGGCGCAGGAGGUGCUGCCUGUGCAAGAUUGCACAUGGGCGCAGGUGGAGGAGUUGAAGCCUCUUUUUGAGGAGGCACAGGAGCUGGACCGCGUCCGACUUCUGUACGAGUGUGCACUGACAGUCACGAUCCGCCUGUAUGUGGGGACGAGCAAGCAGGCGCUGGCGCUGAUGCUCUGGCAGGCGACAGACAAGAAAAAGCAGGUGCUGGCGGUGGCGGAUGACAACGUCAUCACGUUUGCAAAAAAGUUCCAGAUCAUCGUGGAGAAUUGUGGGGUGAAAGGAAUCGGAAAGCAGCUGGAGCACUGGAAGGCGAUCGGCCUCAACUUCAUGGGGAAGCCGGUGUAUCGAAUGUUGCACUACGCUCUUCUGGCGAUUGCGCAGCUGUCAGACAAGGCGCAGGCGUUGUUGCAGGAGCUGGAAAGCAAGGCCGGGCGCGCGUUCUUGACGGAAGGCCACUCCAAGUUGCACAACGUGAUGCGACGCGCAGGCGCUGGCGCGGACAACUCAGAAGCCAUCGAUCCGGUGGAACAGCUGCUGCACCUCCUGCUUGUUGAGGUGGACGGCGAGAAACUGCAGGCGCAGGACGCGACCUCCGACUUCUUCGAGGGCGGCAGAGGCGCCGGCGCUGGCGUGGGCUGGGUGGCGAUGUCGCUUUGCAAGCUGGCGGUGUUGGGGAAGGUGUGCGGCGUGCUGAGCACCUCGGAGGAGGCGUGGGCGAGCAAUGCCUUGCAGCAGAUCAAUGAUUUGGGGAAGGCGAGGCAGGCGCUGGCGAAAGCAGCGGAGGCGGAGUCUGUGAAAGUCUCAGAGGACGGCCUCUGGUCUGCUGUGUUUUCCUCCAAGGACGCGGUCCCGCCAGGCUACGCGGCCGACUUCAUCGCGUACGUCAGCAACUUGUUGGGCGGCGGCUACGACGCGGACCUCAAAACCUUCAAUGACAAAGAGGACUUGGUCGCGCAACUCCUUGCAGGCGAAGGCGACAACCCCGUGCUGAAGGACUGGCGGGAGGCCCUGGACACCCUGGACAGAGGGGUUUCCGGCUUGAGCACCGGCGUGGUGGCGGUUGAUUCGAUCCAGGAGGACUCGCUGGCGUCGGCACCCUUGUCACUGCUGAUGCAAAAGUGCGCCGCCGGCGACGACCUGGAGGAGGUCAGGGAGACUACUCGCCGAGAGCGGGCGGAGGUGUUGGCAAAGGCGCGGGGGCUCAGAAAAGGCCUGUGCCAGUUGUUGGUGCUGCCACAGGCGUGCACCAAGGAGGCGUUGCAGUCGGCCUUGGCCCGUGCAGGUGCAGGCGGAGCUGGCAACUUCCACGGGAAGUUGAACGAGAAGCACCGCGGCUACUUUCUCAUGGCCGACCUGGAGCAUGAGGAGAAGCAGGGCUGGGCGCAGGUGUCAGAGAUGAGCGGCUCUGUCAAACAGCGGUUUUCGCAGAAGUGCGCCUUCUUGAAGGGGCUGGCAGGGUCGUGCGACUUCGUCUUCGUCGGCGAUGGGCGCUGUCGCGCGGCACGUGCGACGAUCGAAGAGGCGCUGGUGAAGGUGGUGGGCGGGCAGGUGAACAAGGAGAUCAUCUUCGUCAAGCUGCCGGCGCCGCGCGUACGCCUGGCCGCCGUGGAUGACUUUGUCUCCAAGAGCAGCGGCGCUGGCGCGAAAGUCACGACGGCGGACACGAACUACGUGAACGUGCCGUUCCUGGCGUCGGCGAAGCUUCCCAAGCUGGCGUGGGCGGACAAGGCCGAGAUCCUUGGCAUGAAGGCGGAUGCGGCGCCGGCGGACCGAGCACCGGAUGCGUGGGCGGAUGGCGAGGGCGCAAGCGCGGGCGUGCCACUGUUCUGGCAGGAGUCCAAGGGUGUGGCGGUGUGGCAGGCGUUGGUGAAGAACCAUAUGGUGAAGGAUGUCGUCGACCUGUCACCUGGUUCUGGGGCGCUGGCGUCGGCGUGCCUGUCCAUGGGCAUCCGGUACACGGGCUUCUGCGGCAACGAGAAGCACCGGAAGUGGCUGGAGAACCUGGUGGACAGGCAGGCGCUGGCGCUGGCGGCGACAGAGGGGCAUGCCCUCUGGACGCAGUCGCUGGCGGACCUCAUCCAGCUCCACUUCAAGGAUGUGGUCGCAGGCGAUGGCGGGGAUGGCGGCGGCGACGACGGCGACGAGGAGGGCGAAAACGAGGAGGAUGGCGAGGAGGACGAAGUGCCGCUUAUGGAUGCCGAGUGA